UGAUCCGUGCAGACACUGCACUGUAGGACUGACUGACUGCUUACACGUGCACGCGUGAAUCAUCGCUCAAUCGUCAUCGUCGUCGUCACAGUUAACCGGUGCCGGCGUAUUUCCACAGUGACGAGGGGUGAUUUGCCGCAUUCGAUCUUGAAAAGCACGCGUGAAAUUGACCUUGAUAAUCGACGAUAAACCUGUUAGGAAUUUAUAGAGCCCAUUCGAGCGACAUGAUUAUCUAACUAGCGAAACAGAUUUAGCGGUGAGAACAAAGUGCGUAAGCAAACUUGGAGGGUGAUUAAGCUCAGAGCGAUUAGACGGCACCGCGUGGACCGGCUUCCGCUGGAAGCCGUGCAACUGAUCAGAGGGGCGUAGAAGCAGCCUUCAAUAGCAAAUACAAUCAACAUCGCGAUUAGCUGCUACACGAGACUCGUUAUGAAAACAUUCUUUCGCAGAAAGUGCAGUUUCCUGCUGAUCCUCGUUUUCGGCAUAUUCAUCAUCGUCUGGAACAACCUGUACUUGUUUCAUCAGCCACGCGUUAAGCGAAAAGUGGACGACCUCAAUCAAACGGCCAGUUUGGCACUGAUUGGUAGCUACUGGCACGGACGAAUCGAGACAGCCGCUAACGGAACGAACAACUCAUCCGGUCCCGGUGGCACCUAUCAGCGUCACUACUUCAACCUGGAGCAGAGCGAUCACAUCGGAAUCGAUCGAACGCUGACAGACACACGACACGCAAAAUGCAAAACCAGAGACUACCAGAAAACCCACGGAACGGACCGCAGCACUUCCGUGAUAAUAACGUUCCACAAUGAGGCUACUUCGGCGCUGCUUCGUACGAUCACCAGUCUACUAAAGCGCACUCCGCCCGGUCUCCUACGGGAGAUCAUCGUCAUCGACGAUUGUAGUUCGGUUCGGGAAGACGGUCUGGACUUCCUGAAUGGCGUUCCGAUGGUUCGGUUUCACCGGAAUUACGUUCGUGAAGGAUUGAUUCGUUCUAGAAAUAUUGGGGCGGCCUACGCCAGAGGAGAUUACAUUCUGUUUCUGGAUAGCCACUGUGAAGUAAACCAGGGCUGGCUGGAACCGUUACUGGAUCGCUUGUCGAUCGACUCGAGCGCUGUACUGAGCCCUGUUAUCGAUAUCAUCGACACGGAGUCGUUCGAAUACAAACCUAAUUCUGUUCAUCUUCGAGGUGGGUUCGAUUGGAGCUUACGAUUCCGGUGGUUACCUGUAGGCGAGGAAGAGUUCGAACACAGGAACAAUGAUGAGUCAUUACCAUUCUACAGUCCGGCAAUUUCCGGAGGAAUUUUUAUCAUUUCGAAACCACUAUUCCAGCAGCUGGGAGGUUUCGAUGGUGGAAUGGAAAUUUGGGGCGGAGAAUCGUUGGAAUUCUCUCUGAAGGCGUGGCUUUGUGGUACUCACAUUGAAGUGGUUCCUUGCUCGAGAAUCGGGCACGUAUUCCGUAAAAAGCAUCCAUAUGAAUUUCCCCAGGGAAGCACUGUCACCUAUUUGAGAAACACUAAACGAAUAGCCUCUGUCUGGCUGGAUGAGUUUCAAAAUUUUUUCUACGAGGCACGUCCAGAGGCAAAACAGUUGGACGCUGGAUCCACAAGAGAUCUGAAGGAAUUACGACAACGUUUGAAGUGCCGUAAAUUCAGUUGGUAUCUGAAGAAUGUGUUUGUUGAUCUAAAACUUCCGAACGAAAAUAAUGCUGCCUUCGGACACCUUCGGCACGGAUACCGCUGCCUGGAUGUGAAACCAAAGUAUAAAGUGUCCCGAGACCGGUCACAGUUGACCAGAAGGGGAAACGAUGUCGUUUUGAUAGAGUGCAACCGAGAUGACAUUGACGGAUCGAGCAAGUGGUCACUGAACAAGAAAACUGGUCAGCUGAGUACCGAUUCAGGAGCAUGCAUGAGCGUGAGGGACGGACUAGUGCUCCUGGAACAGUGCAGCGAAAUGGAUGGAAUGGGUCAACGAUGGCGUAGGGUUGGUGGUGCACUGCUCCACACCGGAAGUGGCAUGUGUCUGGAGAAUCUAGUCCGUGCGGAUGUGGGUGCAAGUGAAUGCCGAGGGGGCGCUUCCAGCCAGCUGUGGAGCUUCUCGGUUGAAGUGCAGUAUCUAAAAUAACAGAAUAUUUGAGAAAAAUCUGCUAACUGCUUUACUCGGAAGUUGAUGGACCAAUUUUUGAAAGUGUUUGAAUACAUUGAAAAUGAAUUGGUCUCUUGAUUGAAGGGAACAUUUCAGUUAUCCGUCGUCAGAUGACUAGUGAA